AAAGAGUUCAUCCGCCAUCUUUACAGUGCACUGUCAUUCCGGCGUGACGAAAGAAAAUUUUAGGAUUCGACCUGAAAAUGGACAGGAUUUUACGUUUAGGAUCUGGUGGUAUACCUGGAGUUGGACAAGUAAGUAAAAGUAUUGUCGUAGUUCUCUACGUGGCAUGUAUUUCGCCCCCAAAUAAUUUAAGCUUAAGUUUUCUUUGUUACCACCAUCAUUUUGGAUGUCGCGUUUCAUGCGAGACUUUUCAUCUCUCUGCUGAAAAAUUUGUUGAAAUAGUCUUGAAAUUUCGACAUAUCCAGGUGCAUUAUUAUCGAAAAUUGGCUUCAGUAGUGAAAGUUUGAAUUGAGUGAAAAUAUCAGAAAUGCUAUUAUUCAAAGGUCUUACAACGCUUCAGGUUUUUAUGAAAGUCAUAUUGUUUAGCUUCUUGGUGCUCCUACAAAAACUGGAUAACAUAAUGAACCUUCAACUGGUAAAAUAUAACUCAAAUCUUACGGAUUUUUGAACACCACAAAGUGUAUAGUUUUAAUAACAAUGUGCUGUAGUUGUUAGGGUAAGCGUAGGGGAAUUCUCUUCAUGGCAGAUGCUUGGGAUUGACCAGAGGUGUCUGUUUUAGGGAGGUGUUUGCCUUAUAGUCAUAGGGGGUCAAAGAAAAUGGGUGGCGCAAACUCUAGGUGACUGUCUAAUAGGGGUGUCCAGUAACCCUGUCACUCCCAGCUGUGGCCAACGAUAAAGGAAACACACAAACAAAAAACUUUCUGAACAUCUUUCUGGCUUUCAUUACUUUUAGUUGACCUUUGCUCUAAAGAGGAAAACAAGUAAGUGUGCGAGCUAAAUGACGGGUUUAAAACGACAAAAAAAUAUAAUGUUGUACGUUCGACAACAAAGAAGGAAUGAAGUGCAAUAUUUAUUACUGGUCAUUUCUGAUCGCAUCUUUUGGCCACGAACCAUGAAUUUCGCAAUCGGAACAUUUCUUUGUAAUUUUUUGGAUUGUAGGCAAUUUACCGUAGAUUCAAGCAAGACUAAUAAAGAAAAUAGCUGAAACAGAUUCAUGUUUUUUUCUAUAAAGUCAUCAUUUUGCUCAUGCAUUGAGUUAGUUUUUUCCUCUAUAAAGCUACGGUCCCCUAAAAGCAAAGAAAGCUAUCUUUCUGAAAAGUCCUAAGAAAUAAAGGGAACCAUGCAAACGGUCUGCCAAGAGAGGUUUCAUUUGAAUGGUAACAUCAUAGGAUCAUAAGAUUUUGAGUUAAAAGUGAAGUUAUAGUGACUAAUAAUAUUGUCCGGUCAUAAUUUGACCUAAGAGGGAAAAACUUAAGAGAUCUUCGACUGUAUCCAAUUGCUAGUAUUUUUGCAAUUGCAUUUAUAGGGGGGAAAUGGAAGUCCAAAUCUCCCACCCCUUGUACCCCUGACCCUUUUUUUGUUAGCUUCCUCCCUGUAGCCCGUUUUCAAUUGCAAAAUAUCAAGCAUUGUUACAUAAUUUCCCCCUACAUGUAUUUCUCCUGCUUCCUACCCUUUUAGAGCUCCCACCUCUUACUCUUUUCCCCUCCUGCAUCCCUCACCCUACCCAGCCCCUAUUCUCCCAGACUCCUGUUCCACCUCCCCCCCACCCCACUUAUUAUUAUUAGGAUGAAUAACGUGUUAAUCACACAUUAUUUAUGUACUUUGUAGCCUCCACCGACUGAUGCACCAGUAGUAGACACAGCAGAGCAAGUAUACAUUUCCUCACUUGCUCUUCUCAAGGUACAGUACAAUUUUUAUGUUUUAACCAAUAUCCACAUACAAAUUCCCUAGACUGAUCUCUAUAUGUUUCCUUAAAAUCUAAGUUUGGAGAAUUUGUUAAAGAAUUACAGUACGACUGGGAAAACCGUGAACACUUGAAAUAUUUCAAGAAUGUUUAUUGUGUUAAGAUAAAUCACAGCAAAGAUCAGGACAUGCGAACAAGCCACAGAACCACAAACUAAUUAAUGUUGUUGCUUGCAGUUUAGUUUUCUCAUGCCUGAUUGGCUUUUUUCUUGCAACACAAUAACAUUCCAGAAAUAUUUCUGAUAUUCACAGUUUUCCCGGUUUGACUGUAAAGCAUUUUCCGUUAGGUGAUCAUUUCUUUAAUUCUGAUAACUUUUCACUUGACGAUGCAUUGAUUAUUGAAAAUUUAGGUUGGUCUCUCACUUACUUUUAAGGGUAAAAGCCGUUCAUGACUUCAUAUAAGGACACCUUGACUAUUCCAGUUUUUAUCCAGGAAGAAAUAUUUUUGGUUGUUAUUUUUAUAUUAUGUCAUGUCCAGGAUCACUCUGUCUAAAUUAUGCUAAAAAUGAGUUAGCAGGGGUUUCUAUUAUCAUUGAUUUAGGUACAUUUUGCAUAUCAAUUUGUGAUUAAUUUUCUGUUUUACUUUGCAUAAUAUCACUUUUUCUCUGGUGUUCAUGGACAGAUGUUAAAACAUGGUAAGUUUUUUUUACUGUGCUCUACAAUAUGAUUUUACACUAAUACAGUGUAGAAUAUCAUUUCU